AUGGGAAUGUUUGCAUCGACCACUCGCAGACAUCACGCUUCUCUGACCAGUGUUCUUUGCUUGCUGGUCUUGACAGUUCCUCUUUUUGCGCAGACAACGCCGCAACGUCAAAUUGUGUCAGAACUCUCGCUCUGCGUGGAGGUGGCUGGAGCGAGCCAAGACGACGGGGCCUCCAUAUUUCAAGGGGAUUGUAAUGACGGAAACAAGCAUCAAGUCUUCGACUUCAUUCCUGCUCCCGGUACAGACAGCGGUUUUCAUCGAAUUCGAGCCUCGCACUCCAACAAGUGCCUUGGCGUGGCUGAUGGGGCUUUAGCACCUGGAGCUGAGGUAGUGCAACUGUCUUGUGUCGACAACAAUCCCAGUACGCUGUGGAAACAACGUGAUGGGGCAUUGAUCUUGCAACACUCUGGUUAUUGUUUGAGCGUCGAUGUCAGUUCGCGUUCCACAUCAGGGGCCUUUAUGGUGCAAUGGUUUUGCGACAGUCCCAGCGUCAAGUGGCAAGUUAAGAGUGUGUCCGAGCAACAUGACGGACUACAGCAACUUUCUAAACGCGGCAAUUCUGUGGGAAAGUCUCAAUCCGGAUUCUAUCUCAGUACGGGAACGCCCCACGACAACCAGUUUCUUACAAAGGGUAUACAAGCCCGAAUGCUAGCGGAUGUACCUACGGCUUCGCCAAAGCUCAGCACCGAGCCCAGGAUUGCGCGAGCAAUAGAUGUCUCCACCAUUGUAUCAGAGGGAUUGAGUGGUCUCUGCGUUGAUAUAAUUGACGGCAGUGAAAUGGAUGGUGCUCAGGCUAUCCAGGCGUCUUGCAACGGAGGUGCCAGUCAGGAAUAUCAAUUCUUGAUUGUUGGGGAGGGUCAGUUUCAAGUUGUGGCCUCUCAUUCACAAAAGUGUUUGGGUGUCGCCGACUUCGAUGUGACUGAGAGCGCCAAUAUCAUUCAACUACCGUGUACAAACAACACCCUUUGGUACGUUGUUGGCGAUAGCGCAUACCUGCAACUUCGCGUUCUCCACAGUGCCAAAUGCUUGAGUAUUUUCGGAGCUUCGAUUGCUUCGGGUGCGAAGCUUGUUCAGAAAGCCUGCAAUGAAGGCCUCGAUCAGCGCUGGAGUGUCGCUGACGGCUUGUUUGUAGUGGAGACGCUGAAGCCUUCAACGUCAGCAGCUCCAAGCCCGAGUCCCAGUGUGAGCUUUGAGCCAACGAGAGCGGGAGCGGGAAAGGGCCCCCCUGCUCCGACAAUUCAACCAAUUGACGUUCCAAGUAGUAUGCCUGCCUUACGCGGAUCCAGGUCACCCUCGCGGCGACCUUCGCAAGCCGUAGGUGUUUCACCGGGGCCACCGCUGUUCUAUCUCAAUACUGGAACUGAUCAAGACCUUGAAUAUAUCUCUGGUGGUGCCGUUGCUCCUGGCUUUGUACCGAGUUCAAGUGCAGAACCUACCGUAGCUCCGGAGCCAAAUCCGUGGGAAGGUGAGUACGCCAUGUCUCUGGUAGCUGUAGCUGCUGCAAAUCUGGACGACGGAAGAAUUCUGGCUUGGUCCGCGUGGAGUAGGACCGACUAUGCCCGUAGUGUCGGAAAAACUUUCAUUUCCAUUUUCGAUCCUUCCACCAAUGAGAGUACUGAGGGAGAAAUCACAAACACGAAUCACGAUAUGUUUUGCCCCGGGACUGCUACGUUAGGCGACGGUCGAAUUAUGAUUACCGGAGGGUCUAGUGCAGCGUCCGUUACAUUUUUCGACCCCUCCGCUAAUAACUGGUACAGAGGACCACCUAUGAAUAUUCCUCGGGGCUACCAUUCGAUGACUGUGCUAGGGGAUGGAUCGGUCUUUACUCUCGGAGGGUCAUGGAGUGGUGGACGAAGGGGCAACAGGGGAGGCGAGGUAUGGAGUCCAAGCGGUGGGUGGGUUUUGAAGACUAACAUUCUCAUUCCCGGAAGCUCCACCUUGCUAACAAACGACCGUGGUGGUAUCUUUCGGUCGGACAACCACAUGUGGCUCUUCACUGCUCCCAACGGUAAAGUAUUUCAUGCCGGACCGUCGCAAAGAAUGCACUGGAUCGAUAUUGCUGGCGAAGGAGAAAUAUCCGACUCUCUUCUCCGUGGCAACGACAACGACGCUAUGAACGGCAAUGCGGUCAUGUUUGAUAUUGGCAAAAUUUUCACCGUCGGAGGCGCUCCCAAUUAUGAGUAUGGUGAUAACGAAGGAACAAAGCUGGCCCACGUUAUUGAUAUCAACGCUGGAGAAGGGUCUGAGACUGUUGAGAGGGUCGGUGACAUGGCCUUCGCAAGGACACUGGCUAAUAGCGUGGGUCUUCCCUCGGGAGAGGUGAUUGUUGUUGGCGGUCAAACGCGAGUAUUUCUCUUCACAGACAGAGAAGCUGUCUUUGCUGCCGAGAUUUGGAGUCCUAUCACAGGCCAGUUUACGACUUUGGCGGAAAUGAAGAUACCGCGAACCUACCACAGUGUAGCAAUAUUGAUGAAAGAUGGUCGCGUAUGGGCAGCAGGUGGCGGCCUUUGCGGAAAUUGUCCUACAAAUCAUCAAGACGCUGAGAUUCUUACACCACCCUACUUGCUCAAUGGAGAUGGUUCCCUUAAGACCCGGCCUGUCAUAGAGUCUUCACCGUCUCGGAUAGUCCCCGGUGAGACGAUUACUGUAUCGGUGGACAGGAGCGGUAGCCACAACUUUGUGCUUAUGCGGAUUUCCGCUGUUACUCACUCUGUGAACAACGACCAGCGGCGCAUACCACUCACGAUUGUAGGUGGCGACAAUAAUUCCUUUCAAUUGAUUGCUCCGGACAACUACAAUGUGACUGUACCUGGAACAUACUUCUUGUUCGCCAUGAAUGCAGAUGGUGUUCCAAGUGUUGGAAAGACGAUUGUAGUUGACGCACCAGACGGUCCGGUGCCAGAGCCGUCGCUCAUCUUUCCUAUCGAGUCUGCGGACUUUAGUGGUCUGUGCGUAAAUAUUGCCAGCAACAGCUUUGAGAAUGGGGCCCAAGCUACUCAAUGGACGUGCAAUGAGAACGCUAACCAGCAAUUUGAGUUCCAAUUUGUGGAAGGAGGGCUCUACCGUAUUGUCGCCUUCCAUUCCCAGAAAUGCUUGACUGUUACUCAAGGAUCGAUAAGUGAGGGAGAAAAUAUUGUACAAGAGCCUUGUGACGACGUUCCUCAUCAACUAUGGACCGUCACGGGAUCUGGGAGUGGCCAGGAACUCAAGGCUUCACAUUCCAACAAAUGCUUGAGCAUUUUUGAAUCCUCCAUGGCGACUGGCGCGAGGUUGGUUCAAUUGGAAUGCACUGAGGGACCCGCUCAACUCUGGCAAAUAGAUGACCGAUUGACCUUAUCGGAGGUAGAGGCCCCAUCCCCCUUUAGGCCACCGAGCUUGGCACCAAGUGUGAGCCCCGCGCCAGUUGCAGCGUUGGCAAGUCCUAGCUUGACUCCUAGUUUAUUCCCAUUUUCCCUGCCAUCGACCACCCCAAGCCGAUCACCUGCUUUCGAGCGGAGUCCUACCCCAUCAACAACACCAAGUAACUCUCCGUCGUUGCAGUUGUCAGAAGAGCCGAGCGCCUCUCCCCUUGUCGCGCAAAGUCGUAGUCCGUCUACCGUGCCGUCUUUGUCUCCAAGCUCCAGACCUGAGUCGUCCAUAAGGCCAAGCGAAGGACCUAGCUCAACACCUAGUUAUGGGCCUGUCUCCCCGCCAUCAACCACACCAAGCCGAUCGCCUGCUCGAGAGCCGAGUCGCGUUCCGUCGACCACACCGAGUUCAUCUCCAAGCGCUCUGCCAAGUACGACCCAAAUUACUACUGGUGUCCCAACUACAGCUACUCCGGGAGAAGCAUGGACGAUACAAUCCAGUGCCGCAAAUAAUAACUGGACUGCGGUGAUAUAUGGCAACGGGACAUUUGUCGCAGUUGCGGCAACCGGCAUCGGCGACCGGGUCAUGACAAGUCCCUAUGGUACCACGUGGACGAUACGAGCGAGUGCAGCAGAUAACGACUGGAACGGUCUGACGUACGGUGAUGGGAUAUUCGUCGCUGUUGCCAGCACGGGUCUUGGCAACCGGGUCAUGACCAGUCCAGACGGCAUCGCGUGGGCUAGUCGACCGAGUGCUGCGGACAAUAACUGGACUGCAGUGGCGUACGGCAAUGGAAUAUUCGUCGCGGUUGCGGCAUCUGGUAUUGGCAACCGUAUCAUGACGAGUCGUGACGGCACAACUUGGACACUCAGAGGGAACGCCGUAGACAAUGAGUGGCGAAGUGUAACGUAUGCCGAGGGGACGUUCGUCGCUGUAGCGAGUACCGGCAUUGGGAACCGAGUCAUGACGAGUCCCGAUGGCAUCCAGUGGACGAUUCAAACCAGCGCUGCAGACAAUUGGUGGUCUGCCGUCACGUACGGCGACGGGACGUUUGUUGCUGUUGCGGCAACCGGCACUGGCGACCGGGUCAUGACAAGUCCCGACGGGAUCACAUGGACGACUCAAACAAGCGCCCCAGACAUUGAUUGGCGCAGCGUGACUUAUGGGGAUGGGAUAUUCGUUGCCGUUGCGAGUACCAGUAUUGGCAACCGGGUCAUGACAAGUCCUGACGGGAUCACGUGGACGACUCAAGGCAGUGCCAACGACAAUGAUUGGCACUCCGUGACUUAUGGCAAUACAACAUUCGUUGCCGUGUCAAAAACGGGAAUCGGAAACCGGGUCAUGUCCAGUGGUUAA